AUGGUGAAAUGCGAUGAUGCUUUCAUCAACAUAGAGGUCACACCCGAACAGGGGGAGGAGGAGGAGGAGGAGGAGGAGGGGGAGGAGGAGGAGGAGGAGGAGGAGGAGGAAGAGGAGGAGGAGGAGGAAGAAGAGGAGGAGGAAGAGGAAGAGGAAGAGGAAGAGGAAGAGGAAGAGGAGGAGGAGGAAGAGGGGAGGGGAAAGGAAGCGCAGGUCGGGGAGCAGACGGAGGUGUUCACAUUUGCGGCAGUGUCCUUGCAGGUGCAGGUGGAGCCUGUUGGCCGCUGGUUUGAAGCUUUUGUUAGACGCAGGAGUAGAAACAUCUCUGCGUCGUUCCAAGAGCUGGAGGAAGAGGAGGAGUCUUCAGAGGAUGAAGAGGAUGAGGAGCUCACGCUGCAGGAAUGUCCCAUCCUCCGGACACUCGACCCCAAAGAGUGGAAGAACCAGGAUCACUAUGCUGUGCUGGGCCUGCCUCACGUCCGAUACAGAGCCACUCAGAAACAGAUCAAAGCAGCACAUAAGGCCAUUGUUCUGAAACAUCACCCAGACAAACGGAAAGCAGCUGGAGAACAGAUUGUAGAAGGAGACAAUGACUACUUCACCUGCAUCACCAAAGCCAUCGAGGUGCUCUCCGAUCCAGUGAAGCGACGGGCCUUUGACAGCGUGGAUCCCACCUUCGACAACAGUGUGCCUUCAAAGAGCGAAGCAAAAGACAACUUCUUUCAGGCGUUCAACCCAGUGUUUGAGAGGAACGCGCGCUGGUCUUCCAAGAAGCACAUCCCAAAACUGGGCACACUGGAGUCCACCUUCGAGGAAGUGGACACUUUCUACUCCUUCUGGUAUAACUUUGACUCGUGGAGGGAGUUUUCAUACCUGGAUGAAGAGGAGAAGGAAAAAGCAGAAUGUCGGGAUGAGAGACGGUGGAUUGAGAAGCAGAACCGUGCAUCCAGGGCUCAGAGGAAGAAGGAGGAGAUGAACCGCAUCCGCACCUUAGUCGACACAGCCUACAGCUGUGAUCCUAGAAUAAAGAAAUUUAAAGAGGAAGAAAAGGCCCGAAAAGAGUCCGAGAAAAAAGCCAAAGCAGAUGCCAAGAAGAGGGAGCAGGAGGAGAAGGAGAAGGCUCGUCAAGCGGAGCUGGAGACUGCUCGUUUGGCCAAAGAGAAGCAGGAGGAAGAGGCGCGCCAUGCUGCUCUCCAGGCAAAGAAGGAGAAAGACAUCCAGAAGAAGGCCAUAAAGAAGGAGCGGCAGAAGCUUCGCACCAGCUGCAAGAACUGGAAUUACUUUUCUGAUAACGAGGUGGACAGUGUGAAGAUGUUGGAGGAAGUGGAGAAACUUUGUGACCGGCUGGAACUCACCAGUUUGCAAUCAUUGAAUGAGACCCUUGCGUCUGGAUCCAAAGAGGAAAGCAAAGCGGCUGUCGAGAAGCAGGUGGAGGAGGUGAACGCAUGUCUUCAACGGGAGCGCGAGGCAGAGGUCCAGGCGCAGCAGGUGGCUCGGGCCUCAGAGCAGGCCUCAGGAGGAGGCGGGUCCACAGGGAAGGGCUGGAUUCAAGACGACUUGCAGCUGCUGAUAAAAGCGGUCAACCUGUUUCCAGCCGGCACAAAUGCCAGGUGGGAGGUCAUUGCAAACUACAUGAACAUCCACUCAACCAGCGGCACAAAGAGGACGGCCAAAGACGUCAUUAACAAGGCGAAGAACCUGCAGAGGCUGGAUCCAAACCAGAAAGAUGAGAUUAACAAAAAAGCCUUUGAGAAGUUUAAGAAGGAGCACUCCUGUGUCCCCCCCUCCAUCGACAAUGCCAUGCCCUCAGAGAGAUUUGACGGCUCAGAGAAUAACUCUGCUGCCUGGACGACAGAGGAGCAGAAGCUGUUGGAGCAGGCGCUGAAGUCUUUCCCCGUGAGCACGACUGAGCGCUGGGAGAAGAUUGCUGCUGCAGUUCCCGGAAGGAGCAAGAAGGACUGCAUGAAGAGAUACAAGGAGCUGGUGGAAAUGGUGAAAGCCAAAAAAGCAGCCCAAGAACAAGUUCCUGGAAAGAGUAAAAAAUGA